AUGAAUAAACCGCUUGUGGCCGACGACAGCGACGACGGCGCCGCAACGGGCGGCAUAAUCGAUUUGACAGUGUCGGAUGUCAAGUCGACGCCGUCGGCGAUGUUGGAUCACCAAGAAUGCCGCCGACGACUUGCGGAGGCUGUCCGCUACUACCAAGGCCUCCACUGGUAUUGGGAAUGCAUACCAGUGGCUCCUGGAGACUGA